CGCCGCGCGGGGCCGGGGCAGUGCUCUGCACACACACGCACCCCUUCCCAAGCCUGCAGCAGCCAACAGCUACGUCCGUGGGAUGUUAAACAUUCCACUUCUCACCAAAACUGUGGAUCAGUGCCUGGAGGAGGCAGUCCACCGAUUUCCAGAUCGCGAAGCCGUGGUGUUUUGCCGAGACGGGGUUCGGAAGACCUUUGCCCAGUUCAAACAGGAUGUGGACCAGGCAUCAGCUGGGCUUCUGGCUCUUGGCCUCAAGAAGGGUGACCGACUGGGAAUGUGGGGCCCCAACAUGUAUGAGUGGGUCCUAAUGCAGUUUGCAACUGCUCAGGCAGGAAUCAUCCUGGUGUCUGUGAAUCCAGCCUAUCAGGCCCAGGAGCUGGAGUUUGUGAUCAGAAAGGUUGGCUGCAAGGCUUUGGUAUUUCCCACUCAGUUUAAAUCACAGAAAUACUAUGAGAUCCUGAAGCAAGCUUGUCCUGAGCUAGAGAAAUCCAGUCCAGGAGGAAUAAAGAGCAAAAUGCUCCCUGAUCUAUCAGUUGUCAUCACCUUGGACUCCAAGCUGCCAGGCACAUUCCAGAUGAGCGAAAUGAUGCAGGCUGCGGAAAGCAGCCAUAUGAAGCAGCUGAGAGACAUUCAGCAGACUCUGUCCUAUAAUGAGCCCAUCAACAUCCAGUUCACUUCGGGUACAACAGGAAGCCCUAAAGGGGCCACUCUCUCCCAUUACAACAUUGUGAAUAAUGCAAACCUGAUCGGAAUGAGACUAGGAGUCUCUAAAUCGAACUCCCGACUUGUCCUCCCUGUCCCGCUCUACCACUGCCUGGGGUCGGUUGCAGGGUCCAUGGUGAUGGCUGUGCAUGGCCCCACUGCCGUCUUCUCAUCUCCCAGUUUUGAGGGGAAAGCAGCGCUGGAGGCGGUGACUCGAGAGAAGUGCUCCUAUUUAUAUGGCACUCCAACCAUGUUUAUAGAUAUGCUUGCCCAGCCCGACUUCGACAGCUACGACCUUUCGACACUCCGGGGGGGAACGAUCGCCGGGUCCCCAGUGCCUCCCGAGGUCAUGAGGAAGAUUAUAACCAAGAUGAACAUGAAAGAAAUUGUGGUAGCCUAUGGGACAACGGAGAACAGCCCUGUCACCUUCAUGGGAUUCCCUCAGGACAGCAUCUCUCAGAAAACUGAGACCGUGGGAUGCGUCUUUCCCCACACAGAGGCAAAGAUUGAGGAUCCUGAAACUGGAGAAAUUGUCCCUCUGAAUACCCCUGGGGAGCUCCAGAUUCGAGGCUACUGCGUCAUGUUGGGCUACUGGGAAGACCCCACCAAAACCAAUGAAGUGAUCACUGAUGACAAGUGGUACAAGACAGGGGACAUCGCUGUCCUGGAUGAGCACGGCUACUGCAGAAUUAUAGGUCGCUGCAAGGACAUGAUUAUCCGUGGAGGGGAGAACAUUUACCCAGCAGAACUGGAGCAGUUUCUACACACCCACCCCAAGGUGGAGGAGGUGCAGGUGGUGGGUGUGAAGGACGAGCGAAUGGGAGAAGAGAUCUGCGCAUGCAUCAGAGUGAAGGCCGGACAGGACUGCUCUGUGGAGGAAAUCAAAGCAUUCUGCAAAGGCAAGAUCUCCCAUUUCAAGAUCCCUCGGCAUAUAGUGUUCAUGAAGCAGUAUCCCCUCACUGUCUCAGGCAAGGUUCAGAAAUUCAGGUUGAGAGAGCAAAUGGAGAAGCAGCUCCAGCUCUGAAUGAAGCAGAGAUGGAUUCACCUCUGCCAGUUGGGGCCUCCCCUUCAAUACCACGCCAUAUCAAGCAGCUAAGAACUGACACCUUAUUACAUGCAGCCAUCAUUUUGCAGUCAGGCUGAAAUGCUUUCUAAUUAAUAAAAAUGACACUCGUGUUUUUC